UCGUGAUUUGGCUCUUUCAGUGAGAGGAACAACCAUUUGUUGUGCCACACACAAACGCGAAUAAAACAAACCCAAUCAAAUUAAAACUACCUCAUUUUGCAAAUCGGUAAACUUUUUAAUAAAGGAAAAAUCAGUGAAAACACUCUACCUCAAAGUACAAAAGUGCGUGAAAGAAAUAUUUCAUAUCCUGAAAAGUGCAUAAGUUGCUCAAAUGAAAAUUUGUUGUCUAUGAUUUUAUAACUAAACAACUUAUUAAGCGAAUCGUAAAAGUGUAUUUGCUUUGGUGAAGAGGAAAUCGAAAGGAACAAAUACAGAAACAACGUAUUGAUGGCCAUAUCGAUGCUUCAAGACGCACAGACAAGAAACUUAGCUGCUGCAUUAGCUGGCAUUAAACGAGAGGAAGCCGCUGUUGAUCGAUCCAUGUCCUUAUCGCCCCCAAUGUCGGCCAACACAUCAGCUACCAGCGCCGCAGCAAUGUACCCAGCCAUGGGUCUCCAACAGGCGGCCGCUGCCUCAGCUUUUAGAAUGCUUUCGCCCACUCAACUCCUGGCUGCGAACCGUCAGGCUGCCGCUUUUAUGGCUCAGCUGCCCAUGAGCACUUUAGCCAACACUUUGUUCCCACACAAUCCGGCGGCUUUGUUCGGAGCUUGGGCAGCCCAGCAGUCGCUACCGCCCCAGGGCACGCAUUUGCAUUCUCCGCCAGCCAGCCCCCACUCGCCGGUAUCAACGCCCUUGGGCAGUGGCAAGCAUCCACUGAGUUCGCCCAACAGCACGCCCCAGCACCACGAGCCAGCGAAGAAGGCUCGCAAACUGUCGGUAAAAAAAGAGUUCCAGACGGAAAUCAGCAUGAGUGUAAACGAUCUGUACCACACAACGGGUGGACCUAUUUCUCCGCCUUCCAGCGGAAGUUCUCCCAAUUCCACACACGAGGGUACAGGUGGAAACGCUGGAGGAGGUGCUGCCUCCAAGGAUCCAUCGCGGGACAAGAGCUUCACCUGCAAAAUCUGCUCGCGCAGCUUUGGCUACAAGCACGUCCUCCAGAACCAUGAGCGCACACAUACCGGUGAGAAGCCUUUUGAAUGCCCGGAAUGUCACAAACGGUUUACCCGCGACCAUCAUCUAAAAACUCAUAUGCGUCUGCAUACUGGAGAGAAGCCAUACCAUUGCUCGCACUGCGAUCGUCAGUUCGUUCAGGUGGCCAAUCUUAGACGGCAUUUGCGGGUUCAUACUGGAGAGCGUCCCUAUACUUGCGAAAUCUGCGACGGCAAAUUUAGUGACUCCAAUCAGCUGAAGUCCCACAUGCUGGUCCACAAUGGCGAAAAGCCGUUCGAGUGCGAACGUUGCCACAUGAAGUUCCGACGGCGCCAUCAUCUGAUGAAUCACAAGUGCGGCAUCCAGUCACCGCCUACUCCGGCCCUGUCACCAGCUAUGAGUGGAGAUUAUCCCAUGGCGGUCACCGCAAUGGCUCUUGAGUCAUCUACCAAUAAAUUCGCUGCAAUGUGCGCCAGCUAUGGAGGUUCGGAAGAGUCGGUUGACUUGGAAAAAGGUACUAUGGAAGACGAUGCCCCAUUGGAUUUGUCUGAGGAUGGAGCCAGCUCCGUAGACGGCCAUUGUAGCAACAGCAUCGCGAGACGCAAGGCCCAGGAUAUUCGCAGAGUAUUUCGCCUACCGCCUCCUCAAAUCCCUCAUGUUCCCAGUGAUAUGCCCGAGCAAACCGAACCUGAGGACUUAAGCAUGCACUCGCCCCGAUCUGUAGGAUCUCAAGAACAACCCGAAGAAAUUGACUUGGAUGAUUUGGAUGACGCCGCUGCCCUCUAUCUGCGCCAGCAUCAUCAUUAGACCAGUCCAACACCGACGUGUACAUAGCCAGUGAUUAGUUUUCAUUAGAUGAAAGAAAGUGGCUGGCAACGAUCCACACAAAAUUGAAAAUUUUGCCAUUUCAAAGUGGAUAGUCAAAAGUUUUGCAACAGGAAUUUAAUGCUUAGUACAAGUAACUAAAAAUCAACUUCAUAUAAGAUUUUAAAGAAAUAAUAGCAUAUUGAUCAAAACACAAAAAAAACACAAAAGUUGUACAAAAUUAGCUAAAUAUGCCAUAAGCCUAUCGCCCUUUAUCGCCAAACCCCACCAAAUCGAAUCGAAAAUGUCGUGCCAUUCUUAACAUCUCAUUUAAGUUGUAUCUUUAGGUUUAUCAAAACCCUUAAAUUGUAUAUAUCCAGCUUAUGCAGCUGCCAAUUGUAAAUUAUUCGGCGCUCCAAAAAUUGUAUUACAAAAUUAUAAGACACAAAACAAAAAACAUAAAGUCUAUCGAAUGUUUUUAAUUAAUAUGUUAGCUUAUUUUAAUAUAAUUUAAUAAAAUUCUUAAAGAAAGCAAUGCCAAUAACCAUGAAAUCAAAAUAAACUUUAAGUUAAUAAAUACAAAUUUUUAAGCUACUUGUUCUGUUUGCCAAUUAUAUUAAAAACUAUUUUUUAAUUAGUUAGCCCAUAAUAACUGAAAAAAUCUAAAAUAAAUAUUUAAUUUUAUAUACAAGUUUAUUUUAUAUUUAGUUACAUAUUUGCUUGCAUGCAAUUGAAAAAUAAAUUUAUUUAAAAACUUGAAAUGUAUUAUUUUUUAUUAUUUGGUUGGAUUGUUUUGGAAUGUCAUAUUCCAUAAUUAAAACUGCUGGCGCUGUUAAACUUCAUAUUCUUCCAUUUUUAAAACGUAGUUUUGUUUAAACUGUAAGUAACUUUUCAAAACUUUUCGAAACCAUACCCUUAAAAAACAUAUGGCUCAAUGCGUAACCACAUUUGGAUGUUAAUCAUAUGUUAAGAAUAAUUAUAAUUGUAAGAUUUGAACCAAGUAAACAGGAAGAAAAUGCUAUAACCAAAUACCUCCAAUACCUCUUUGUAUCGAAAUUGUUGUGAGCUGAAAAGUAUAUACAUACAACAAUUUGGCAAUCGUACAAUUCAACUGAAUUUAUAUACAACAUUAAAAAAAAUUAAAAAGCUAAGCCAAAGCUAAGCGUACUUUUGAUGAAUAUUUUAAAGGAACCUAAAAUUAAAAACGAUAUUCAUAUAUAAGAUGAGUUUGAAGUAAGUGUAAAUACUUUCUAUGGUAAUAAAUAAGAAUAUUAUAUUGUACAUAACUAAAUAAACUUACACUACAUAAUAAUUUUAGUGCAAUCUUUGGUUCAAUUCAUCGGUAAGCAAACAAACUUGCCAAUGCGCCCUUUGUUGUACGUUCGAAAGUCUUAAAAAUGCAACAAAUGUUAUGUAAUUUUCUUUGUUCAUUCAAGUGUAUGGUAUACAAGUUCCUCAAGAUUAAAAGAUUACAAAAAUAAUAAAAUCAGAUAGCAAGCGCAUUUCAAGUUUUCUGAAAAUCGCGCUUUGCCCGAAAGACCUCCAAAUAUUUCAUAUUGAUUGUGUACAUUAAUAAUCGACACUAAAAUGUAGUAUGUUUAAAUCGUUAGAUGUAAUUAAAUAUUUAGAGAUACAAAGUCAAUUUUAAUGUAAAUAAACAAAAUUCGAUUUAUGCAACAUUCUAGCAGCAGCUCAAAUUAUGCAAUGUAACCAAGAAAACGAAAAACUAUGCCGAAAUCUGAAUUAAUUUCUCAUAUUUACCGACAUAUAUACCUUGUGCAAUGCAUCAGUAAAACCAGUAAAGAUAAAUUAGAAAAAUUAUAAUAACUUAAACGAAUAAACUAGUAAUGAUUGUUAGAACAUAAUAAAUAAGAAGAGCUGUCACAUUUUGUCAUAAUAAUUUUUAGUUUAAUGUUACUGGCUUUUAAACGCCAAUUUUAUGUAUAUGCUUAACCAAUACGUAUAAAUACUUAUAAUUAUUUAUUAAUUUAAAGCUAAACAAAAUUAUAUUAUGUUAAAACAAACAAAUUGUACGCCAGCGAAACUAAAUAAUAUAUAUAUAUAUAUAUAUAUAUAUAUAUGUAUAUACAAAAUUGUGUUAAAGAAACGAACGAAAAUUUGUUACCAAUCAGUCAAGAAACCACCACCCCGCAGGAAAAUUAGCCAAAGCUUUUUCUUUUUUUCCAAAGGCGACAACGGGCAGCAUUACAUAAAUUUUUAAUUUAUGCAAACGAAGCCCUUUCGCAUUAUUUUACAUUUGCCACAAGACGCCCCACUAAUGCUGUCGCCACCCCCUACUGCCUAACCCAGCCCUUCACCGGAAUUUGAAUUUUCGUCUGAAGGCAGGAGCAGCUGAGCAGAAAAAAAUUUAAAAAACGCGCCGCGCAGCCAGAAAAUGUCACAGUGUUUUUCCCCAUUUAAUCUCCAGUGAGAGAGCAAACAACUACAACGCUAUGAAGAAAAGGCGAGACCUCCCACUCAUCCCAUACCUCCCAACCAACUCUCAUUCAACCUUCCAGCGAAACUGACGCCUCCACUUCUUUGUGCCCCUUUCAACAGCCAAAAAAGGCUUCAUCCUGGCAGCCCCCUAUAUAUAAAAUGGCAGCAUGUACAAGUAUUAUAUAAAGGGCGUCUUAUGUAUAAAGGUCUAGAAGAGAGAGAGGAAGGACAAAGUCGCGUACUGCGCUGCUUAUUAGCAUUUUAGCCUUUAUUCGUUUGGAGCUCCGUGAGCGUUUUCAGCAUACACGUAAAAAAAUAAGCUGGGGCGAGAUAGUAACUUAAUUCGCAUUUUUAUAGCCUUGCAUAGGAUUUUAUAAAUUCAGUCGAAAUUUGUAUAUAUAUUAUUGAUCAGCACUACUGGAAGAGUUAAUCUAACCAUGUCCGUCCGUCCGACCGUUUCUACGCAAACAAGUCUUUAAAGUUAUCUGAAUGGAACUUUACCAACAAAUUGUCUUUCUGUUGCAAGUAGGGAGAAAAUAGGUUACCAAAUUACAAAUUAAGCUGGCAGACGGACAGUCAGACGGAAAUGGCUAGUGAUGAAAAUCAAGAAUAUAUAUACUUUCUGGCUGAAAGGGUAUAAGAUAUAAAAAAAAAUGUUAGCUUCUCUAUGUUUUACUUUACUUUACGAAGUUUGCAUUGCUUUCUUGUUUUAAAUAGGUUUUUGUUUGCAACAAUUUACUAAUCAUUCAUAAUAUGUGUGACAAAAAUAUAAUUUAUAAUGAUUACAGUUUUUGUAAGUGCAGGCAUUCAUGCCGCAUUCUCACCCUCUACCACUUCAUCUUUUUUUUAGCUUUCGAGUAAAUAAUUUGGAUUUGGGGGCAGAUAUAUUUUUUCUCAAAUGAGUUUACGAGUGUUUGGCUGUUAGGAUUUUUUUGUGCUCUUACCGCAAAGAAAACCCAAGAAAAUAAAAGGAACUCAAAAAAAAUCUAAAGGCUUCGCUGGCAACGAACUGCCGACGCAGUCAACUGCUGUUCAUUAUUCAAAUUGAAAAAUUAUGAUUUUUACCCGCAAUUCGACUAGUCCGAGAAUGAGAAUGGGGACGAAGACACGGAAUGUCUAAGAUUGGCUCCCAACCAAGCGGAGCAUUAUAAUAAGCUCCCGAAAGGAAGUUGGAGGUUAGGAUGAAAAUAUGGAAAGGGUCUUAGAGACAGCAUAUUCAUUCGUUCUGUAUCUUUUGGUCAUUUGUCCGGUUUUAAGUUAAGAAAUGGUCCUUAAUCUUUUAUACCUAAUAACAUUUUCAUAAACUGUUAUUUUGAUUUAUUAUUUAUUUCAAUACAAUUUAUUUUGCUUUCCCCAUAAUUCUCUGUUGCUCCUAAUAACUAAAUGUUACAAAAAAACCAUUGUAAUUGUAAAAAAAGUGAUAAAAGUGUGUUUACUUAUUUUGGCAUGGAAAACAUAGCGAGGAGGAAUUUAG